GAGAUAAAUGCAUUUAGAGCCACUCCUGUAUUACUGUAGACGAUGGAACCUCCUCUUUGUGAUAAUGGUAGUUUCCUUCUCGGGCCUUGAUCUUUCCUUUUUCUCAUUCUGCAGCAGCCAUGAGCAUGCUCAGGCUUCAGAAGCGGCUGGCGUCCAGCGUCCUGCGCUGUGGCAAAAAGAAGGUGUGGCUUGACCCCAACGAGACCAAUGAGAUCGCCAAUGCCAACUCGCGCCAGCAGAUCCGCAAGCUGGUGAAGGAUGGCCUGAUCAUCAGGAAGCCCGUGACCGUUCACUCCCGUGCCCGCUGCCGCAAGAACACGCUGGCACGCCGCAAGGGGCGUCACAUGGGCGUCGGAAAGAGGAAGGGUACGGCCAACGCCCGCAUGCCGGAGAAGCUGUCCUGGAUGCGGCGCAUGAGAAUCCUGCGCCGUCUGCUCCGUCGCUACAGGGAGUCAAAGAAGAUCGACAGGCACAUGUACCACAGCCUGUACCUGAAAGUGAAGGGUAAUGUCUUCAAGAACAAGCGCAUCCUGAUGGAGCACAUCCACAAACUGAAGGCAGACAAGGCUCGCAAGAAGCUCCUGGCUGACCAGGCCGAAGCCCGCCGCUCCAAGACAAAGGAGGCCCGCAAGCGCCGCGAGGAGCGUCUCCAGGCCAAGAAGGAGGAGAUCAUCAAGACUCUGUCCAAGGAGGAGGAGACCAAGAAAUGAGCAGCUUUCCCCCGGCCCUAUUUUCAGUGCUAAUAAAAUGUACAGAAAGACAA